GCUGAUCCGGCUCGCCGGUGGACCUUCCUGAAUAACCCCAAUUAAUCGCCCGAAUCCGCUAAGCGGUCGGUGAUCAGCGUUGAAGAUUAUCAUGUCUACAAAUACGACUGUCAGAUGGUGCACUAUAAUAUAAAUUGGCACACAGUCGUCUCUCCCUGUCUGAAUUGCACAGGGUUUUUCAUUCGAAUCCAAUUUUUCAGAAGCUGAACGAACCAGGCCCAGUAGCCGGUCUGGGCCGAAACUUAGUACCAGGCCCAUAAUUUUCAAGAAAAGAAGGUAUCAGGCCCAGUCAGGCCCUCCAUAUAGGACGCAGCCGAUCCAUUUUCUCUGUAAUGCAGCAGCGGAUAACGUGCUCUGCUCCGGCCAUGGCUUCGUCCGCCUCCCUCCGUGGCGCCAGCCUCCGGAGCCCCCUCCUCGCGCCUCGCCCCGCCGUCCGCCGCGCGCCCACGGCGAGGCGCUGCGCCGUCCCGGCCAAGAUCUCCUGCAUCGGAUGGGACCCGGAGGGCAUCCUGGGCGCGCCGCAGGGCGGGCACAUCGCGCGCCUCGAGUUCCGCCGCCGCCUCGAGAGGGACUCCGAGGCGCGCGAGGCGUUCGAGCGCCAGGUGCGCGAGGAGAAGGAGCGCCGCCGCAGCGAGCGCGAGGCGCGGGUGAUCCCGGACACGGACGCCGGCCUGGUGGAGUUCUUCCUCGACACGGAGGCGCGCGAGAUCGAGGUCGAGAUAGGCCGGCUCCGGCCAAGGCUGAACGAGGCCUUCUUCAACCAUAUCUCGAGGGAGAUAGCACAGAUCAAAUUCGCGGUCACCAGAACGGCGGAGAUGGAAGACAGAUUGAUUGAGUUGGAAGCAAUGCAGAAGGUUCUUCUCGAGGGAGUCGAGGCAUACGACAAGUUGCAGAAUGAUCUUGUGACAGCGAAGGAGCGGCUAAUGAAGAUUCUGCAAUCCAGUGACAGAAAAGCGACUUUGCUUGAAAUGGUUGAGCGGAAUGAGCUGAGCAUUUCCAUACUAACACUUCUUGAUGAGAAUAUAGCAAGUGCAAAGACAAGUAAUCAGGAUGAUGCUGUUGCUUUCAUGGAAAACGUGAGAUCAUCGAUCGUGAAAUAUAUAACAGUAUAAAUCUAUGUUUAUAUGUCAGCAGUUCAUUACUUCCAGCAUUUACUGAUCCUUGCGGUACAAUUUUGGGAAAAUGCGAUGAGCUUGUAAUUUACAAGGGCGUCUGGUGGAUGUGGAAGCUUGAGUUAUUGUUGGCUGUACUUAAGAAAUUGUGAGACCUUAUACAUGUACUUCCAAAAAAUAAUGCAAGGUGAGUUUGAAACACGAGAGAAGUGGAUCGAAAACCAUUCUCCUUUA